AAUAUCCAAGGUUUACCGGUUGAAGGAGGGUUUUGAACCCCAGCCCUCAUCUUCGAUCAACCUUUUUUUUCUCUUUUUUUUUUCUCUUGUGUUAAACCACUACCUGGAUCGUUGAUGCAGUCAUCAUCCGUCCCCGGUCGGCACACGGCGUUUACAUUGGCCGACAUGGUCGUACACUGGAGAUGCAACAUCAAUGUGAAAAAAAAACCGGAACACGGCACGGCGGGAUGCUUCCUUCUGUUGGAUCUGGUGUCGGGCGCCCGUCGGGACCGAGUAAGCAGAAAAUAAAGCUCAGCCAUUUGCCUGUGGCUACCACUGCGCCUGACAGGAUUGGGGUGCCGGUUUCGGGUCCAAACAGCCGACGUUGAUCGUCUCCUCCCUCGCGUGAUGUCAGCUCAUCUUUACUUCUCAGUUGGUUGAGCCCCCCAGGGCAGUAUCAAAACGAACGCCAUGUCUACCUACCCUUCCAAAGCUCCCCAUCAGGAUGGGAUGGAAGCCCCCUUGUCCAUCCCUUCGGCUCAGCCCCGGAUCUUGGCCUUCACUUGGCCUUCGGCCUGCGCCCCUCCUGGACUUCCCCAGGGCGAGUUCCGGAUGCCGUGCACCUCAGUCCUUGUGAACCCUUACAUCCCGCAUUGAGACCUUGUGUACAGCAUAACACUAUUUACGACGCAGACAAGCUGCUGGUCUCGCCCGGUCGUCUGAAGCUCAAGCAAGCCAUCACACGCACCUCUCUGCGCGCCACUCCUGCUUCUACUACGGCUUAUUAAAGAACGACAGCACCCCUCCGCGCGCCUGUAAGCAUGCCUCCCUACAAUCCAUUCAAGAUUAACCCGAACUUCCUCCGCCCUCCCUUCAAGGCUAGUGUAAUGAGUACUCAAGUUGCCGUCGCGGCUGGUGUUGCUGGCCUGGGAAUCUACGCCUUCUACCUGAGACGGAACGCAAGCGGGAGCGCAACGGGAACUGCUUUAGCCACAAACAUGGACGCCAGCGAUCUCAAGCCGGGCAAGCUGCCUCUGUCCGGCUUUGGCUUCCACAGCUUGCGCCUGCACAGUACCGAGCUCAUCAACCACAAUACCAAGAAAUUGCGUUUCGAACUUCCUGACCGCUCUCAGCCCAGCGGUAUGGGCCUCACCUCUGCUCUUCUGACCAUCUCCUUCCCCAAGGGACGAUGGCUCCCUGUUAUCCGCCCAUACACCCCUACAAAUGACCUAAACGAACCCGGCUUCGUUGAGCUCAUGGUCAAGCUCUACCCCGGCGGCAAGCAAAGCACUCACCUGCACUCGCUCCAGCCUGGCGACACCCUAACCGUAGCCCCCAUUCCCGAGCUCAAGUGGACUCUCAACAAGCACCCGCACGUGGCCAUGAUCGCCGGCGGCGCCGGCAUCACCCCCAUGUACCAGCUCGUCCGCGGUAUCCUGACCAACCCGGCCGACAAGACCCGUAUCACCCUCGUCUGGGGCGUCAACACGGACGAGGACAUUUUUCUGCGUGACCAGCUCGCCGAGCUUGAGCAGAACUACCCUGGCCGCUUGAAGACUGUUUACGUCGUUGCUCAACCUGCAGCACAGUCCCCGCAUCAGAAGGGGUUUGUGACUAGGCAGGUGCUGGAACAGGCCGGGCUCAAUGGUGCGACGGAGAAGAGCAAGGGGACCAAGGUGUUGCUUUGUGGACCGCCGGCCAUGGAGAAGGCGUUGAAGGGAACGAAGGGAUGGGUAGGAGGUGGCAAGAAGGGGGUGUUGCAGGAGUUGGGGUAUACCCAGGAUCAGAUUUACAACUUUUAGAUAGGUGAACUAAGAAAGAGCGUGUUUGUAUGGUGUGGAUUCUAGGUGGAUGGGAGUUUGUAUGAUGAGUGGUGAAAAUGAAAGGGUUGGUACGCAUUGAGGAGUUGGUCGCCACGGAUAAUGCCAGGAUUGUGGUUGAGUCCGUUGUUAAUGGCGUUUGUAAGUAAGGGUUUCCAAUGCGGUCGUUCGAAAGUAGGAAAGGCAAUUAUUCCCCCCUUUUGUCUGUGGUCCUGGUUCUGCAGUCACAUGUGAUCUCGCCUGAGGUUUUCAAGAGUACUUGCUG